GACCUUCAAAGCCGCGUGGUCCGCCAUUUUAGCUAGGUGCGCAAAACCGACCGGUGCCUUUGGUGUACGCGAAUCGAUUACUAAGAUAAAAAGAGAGGAGCAUAUGAUCAAGAACCAAAGAUGACUGUGUCUACGAAGAUAUUUGUGGGAAACCUACCAGACACAUGUAAGCGGGGAGAACUGCAAGCCAUGUUUGAAAAGUUUGGAACUGUCACAGAGUGUGAUAUCAUCAGGAACUAUGGGUUUGUGCACUUUGCUGAUGGAGAAGAAGCAAAAACUGCUGUGGAAAAUUUGAAUAACACCCCUUUCCAAGGAGUCAACAUCAAAGUAGAGCUUUCUCACAGUAAAGUUCGUCAGAAACCUGGAAUGGGAGGGAAGGGCGAGUGCUAUAGAUGCGGACGAGACGGUCAUUGGUCAAAAGACUGUCCUAGAGGAGGGUCGCAAGGUCGGCGUGGAGGAGGGCGGGGUGGAGGAGAUAGGCGGUUUGGGGGACCCCCUGCUAGGGAACCAUAUGGCAGAGAACCAUACCCCAGGGACCCAUACCCAGACCCUUACUAUAGAGAUUACCCCCCUCCACAUGGAGACAGAUACAGACCAUAUGACCCAUAUGAAAGGAGACGACCUCUGCCUCCCCCUCCCAGAGACUACUACAGAGACCCAUAUGCCAGGCCCCCACCUGAGUACUAUGGGAGAAGGGCUGAUCCCUAUUAUGAUGCUUAUUAUGACAGAAGACCUCCACCUCCAUAUUUAACAGAGCCUGACUAUGAAUACGAAAGGAGGCCUCCAGUGAGAGCUGGCAUUGAGAGAUUGAGACCAGUAGAAAGGCAGCCCGACCCUUUUCAAGAGCAGUAUCAGGAACCAGACCCGUUGGCUGGAGCCUCAGGAGCUGUGGUAGCAGGCCUCAGGUCUCUUUUAGCUUCUGCACAAAACCCCAGAGUUUCAUAUGGAGAGAAUGAAAUGAGACGAGGGGCCCCUGGGGGUGGGGCAGAGCCCAUCUGGUUUGAAGACAUAAAUCUUAGAUAGUAAAGCCAGCGACAGGGAAUAACAGUGUGGUUUUUGUUAUAAACUGGAGAAAUACGUACACUGGAAUACCUGCGAGCUCAACAAUCGUUCCUGUUGAAACGUCUUGCUAAAGAACUUCAGCAAGCAUGUUAAAAGGAAAAAAAUUGCAACAAAGUAGGGAGCACCGAUUCCGUGCCAGAAAUUAAGUAACAUCAAGGAUGGUGUAAAAAAAAA